UCCAUGUCUCAACUCUACAAAUACAUGCCAGUCCUUGGCCUUUGUGUUCUAACUCCACACCAAGUCCCUCUCUUAUUAUUUUCUGGUGUAGCAUCUUUCCUCAGUCACCGAAACCUACAAGAUCUGAGUAUGAAUUCCGGUUUCUGUAUGGUGUCAUCCCUGAAGCACCAAGAAGUGCAAAGCCGUUUCUUCGACCCCUCUUGGCUACAAAUGCAGCCACACGUUCCCAUGAGCUUCGUUUGGCCUAAGGAGUGUGUGGUGGACGCGAACGAGGAGUUUCAGGCCCCAAUGGUGGACCUUGGAGGGUUCCUCAGAGGUGAUGAAGAUGCCACACACGUUGCUGUUAAGCUCAUACGCAAGGCAUGCUCCACCCACGGCUUCUUCCAAGUAUUCAACCACGGGGUUGAUCCUCUCCUCAUUGCUCAAGCCUAUCAACAAAUGGAUGCUUUUUUUAAGCUCCCAAUUGACAGAAAAGUUAGUAUUCGUAAGACUCCAGGUUCUGUCUGGGGCUAUUCUGGUGCACAUGCUGACCGAUUCUCCUCCAAAUUGCCUUGGAAAGAAACCCUCUCUUUCCCCUUCCAUGAUGAUAACAACACCUUAGACCCCGUUGUCUCUACCUUCUUUAACUCCACCUUAGGACAAGACUUCCAACAAGCAGGAGUGGUAUUCCAGAAAUACUGCGAAUCCAUGAAGGAGUUGGGAAUGAAGCUGUUGGAGCUUUUGGCAAUUAGUCUGGGAGUGGAUAGGUUGCAUUAUAAGGAGUUGUUUGAAGAUGGAUGUUCUGUAAUGAGAUGCAACUUCUACCCAUCAUGCCAAGAGCCAAGUCUAGCACUUGGAACAGGACCACACUGUGAUCCAACAUCUCUCACCAUUCUUCACCAAGACCAAGUUGGAGGGCUCGAUGUGUUUGCAGACAACACGUGGCAGACGGUUCCGCCUCGUGCCCGUGCUCUUGUAGUUAACAUUGGUGAUACUUUCACGGCAUUAUCAAAUGGGAGAUACAAGAGUUGCCUGCAUAGGGCAGUGGUUAACAAGUACAAAGAGAGGAGGUCAUUGGCAUUCUUUCUGUGCCCGAAAGAAGACAAAGUGGUGAGAGCCCCAGAGGAUAUUGUGCGUAGGGAUGGGACAAAACAGUAUCCAGAUUUCACAUGGUCGAAUUUGCUUGAAUUCACACAAAACUACUACAGAGCCGACGAAGCUACACUGCACAACUUCACCAAGUGGUUGCUAUCUUCCAAACAACAAACUCUUUAAGUUAACCUACAAAUAGAUUCUGUUCUGCAACUUUGCUUUUACUAGAGCCUCACACUCACUGCUGCAUUAAAUUCCUCCUCUACUUUUCCUACACUCCAAAACCUCUUCAUAUUUUUUUUAUGUAAUUUAUUUCCACUGCGUACAGCGUCUUUCAAUUUAUUGCUCAUCUAUCUAUGCAAUUGUAAUCCUUCACUCACUACUCAUCUUUACCCUAAUUACUUGC